GGUCCCCAACAGUACAAGCCCCACCCAACCCAGCAUGGCCAGUCACUUGCCCAAAGGUGGUGCGCUCUUCCUGGUGAUCAAUCUUCUCCUGCUCUCGCAAUGGGAGACCGAGUCCAAGCUGCUGACGCGUUGUCAGUUGGCCAAGGAGCUGUUGCGCCAUGACUUUCCCCGCAGUUAUCUAUCAAAUUGGGUUUGCCUGGUGGAAGCGGAGAGUGGACGCAGUACAUCCAAAUCCAUGCAGCUGCCCAACCAGAGCGUCAGCUACGGUCUGUUCCAGAUUAACAGCAAAAACUGGUGUCGCAAAGGUCGUCGUGGCGGAAUCUGCAACAUCAAAUGCGAAGAGUUCCUUAACGAUGAGAUCUCGGAUGACUCGCGAUGUGCCAUGCAGAUCUUCAACCGCCACGGAUUCCAGGCCUGGCCCGGAUGGAUGAGCAAAUGUCGUGGGCGCACGCUGCCCGAUGUCUCGCGUUGCUAGGACUUCGACUGCUGCACUUGGACUCGCUCUUAGUCUUAACUAACUCUACUCAUAGCUACUAAAGUUGCACAUACAUAAAGCCUAAGUCAGUUCCCUUGAA